GCUCGUACACUCCUCAUCCCCUCUCUCCUCUCUCUGUGGGAGCACAUUGUUCAACGCGGGCUCAUUUUACCCACAGCCAAUGAAUGCAUUGGUGCAUUUUGCCUACUGAAAAUUAAACACUCUCUGGGAGAGAAUAAGGUGCAGAUAUCCGAAGACGGCGGAAAGCAGACCAAGAACAUUUUGUUUCCUUCUCAUUACAGCUGAGAGAGUUGAGAGAUUUUUUUCUUCUUCUUCUUCCCCGGUUGACGAAACGUCGCUCUUGUCGCUAAUUAGACCCCUGCUUGUUCAGUGGCGUGUGUGGUGAGCAGCAGCGGCAAAGAUGACGGAGUAUAAGCUGGUGGUGGUAGGAGCUGGAGGCGUGGGCAAGAGUGCACUCACCAUCCAGCUCAUCCAGAACCACUUUGUGGAUGAAUAUGACCCCACCAUAGAGGACUCAUACAGGAAACAAGUCGUGAUCGAUGGAGAGACCUGCCUGCUGGACAUCCUGGACACUGCAGGUCAGGAGGAGUACAGCGCCAUGAGGGACCAGUACAUGAGGACAGGGGAGGGCUUCCUAUGUGUCUUUGCCAUCAACAACACCAAGUCCUUCGAGGACAUUCACCAGUACAGAGAACAGAUUAAACGUGUAAAGGAUUCAGAUGAUGUUCCCAUGGUGCUUGUGGGAAACAAAUGUGACCUGCCAGCACGCACGGUGGACACAAGGCAAGCCCAGGAACUCGCCCGCUCCUACGGCAUCCCUUACAUUGAGACCUCUGCCAAGACACGACAGGGAGUAGAGGAUGCCUUCUACACACUGGUCAGGGAGAUCAGACAGCAUAAACUGAGGAAGCUGAACCCACCUGAUGAGAGCGGUCAGGAUUGUAUGAGCUGUCGCUGUGUGGUAUCGUGAUGCAGCUGACUGUUGCACGUUGAGGAGAAAAUGCUACAGCGCGUAGUGGCAGCAUGGACUUGAAGAUAGAAAGAUAAAAACAACUCAAUGAUGAAAUAUAAACUUUUUUCAAAAAGAGAAUGAUUGAAGCAAACGCUCUCAAGGAAACCACCAGAGCUGACUGAACCAUAGACCUUUAUGGAAAGGAGGAUUUUGGACUGUUGCCUAAGCGGCUAGCUGAACUAGCCUGGUCUGGUCCCUGUCUUUUGGUCCACACGUCGACCUGUGAGCAACACCACUAAUGACUCUUUGUCAAGUCCAGUGCAGUUUCUCUGGGUAGCUCCACACGUUUUCUGCUAACUUAUUGUUUUCAGUCUCAACACUGGUCUUCAAGGGGGUGUCACCAACCACCCUCCCAUCUUGAAAGCCUAAUUCCACUCCCCCUGCCUGACCACUGGAAGGACUGACUGACUUAAAUGGAAAGGACUGGAAUGGACAUUUAGUUUACCCCCAACACCUCUUAACAUAAAUAUACAUCUCUAUCCCACUCUACCUGCCUUUGGUUUCCCCUCAAAUGGCUGUGUAGUCCCUUCAUUAUACUGAAUACAGAGGGUUGAGGCUGACGUGGGAAUGACUGUUAUUUGUUGUUGUUGUUUAAGAGUUAGCCUAGCUGUAAAAGUCUUUUUGUUUCUGAUAUGGGACUUAUUUUGUGAUUGGAGGAUUUGAAAGUCACUGAGCACUAUGUGAGUAAUGUUUAUUUCGGAUGGCACCCGGUUUGACAUUUUUCAUGACCUGCCUGAUGUAGUUGGAAUUCCUUUUCAGGGUAAAUGUCUUGAAUGGAGAAUAUGAAGAUAGAUAAAUUUCCAGAAUUACAGAUGCCUUCUCUCCUUACAGAUGUUUCUUUGCUAAGAGUUGUCUUCGUGGAAUAAUAAUAGUAAUGGUUAGUGUAUGUAGGUUCUGGUGCAAUAGGAUUCUUUACUGUCCAAUUUACACAAAGUAUUGGGAAUAAACCACCUCUCAUGACUACUUACUUUCCUGUUUUACUUUGGUUUAGGAAGGAGAGGUACAGUGCAUGAAAAAUGUAGUUGUUAUCUUUACAGUUGCUAAAGCUGGAGAGCUUACCUGUAGAAUAGGAGGAAGGUCCUACACUUGUACAGUUAUACAGUGGCAGAUUAUGGUUUUAGACAAAAUGACAACCAGUUGAUUUUUUUUUUUUUUUUUCAUUUCAGUAAUUGUACUGUGUAUAACUUUUACUUACUACAUGGAGAUAACAGUUAUUUGUAGAUUGCAAGAAUCACUCCUCGUGGUCAAUAAGGCUCAGGAAUCGGGGUCCAGGAAGGUCUCCUCUAUCAGUCCUGGAAACCAGGGUGAAAGGAUGUCACCAUGGUAGCUUUGCAGAGUGUAACGCACAAAGUCCUGCCUCAGAGUUUAACUUCAGUUUUCCCACACACCACGCUACCCUCAAACCGCUCCUCUUUCUCUGCCACCUCAGCUCUUCAAAGGAACAAUAACAGGUCAGGUGCUAAUCAUGUCAGAACCAUAUUUACUGUAUAUGUGGGACUGUUGUGUGUAGUAAUUGGUGGUUAUAUGGCGUUAUUGGUCCGCACUGCUUUCGUUUCUUAACACUGACUAGCUUGUGCUGUCCACACAACUGCAUUAAUUUGCUGCCUAAAUGAAAAGAAAAAGACUGCUCUGUGUUUACUUGGCCUUACGUUAGCUAGUUUGUACCUCAUGUAUGCAGCAAGCUCUACCUGAGACAAUUCUUUGUUCUGUUUGCUGUAUUGUUUUGUUUAUGUUCGAUUGUGUGUGCAACUAAAAAAAAAUAUAGAAGUGUGUUGAGUUUGGACAUGCGCUGUACAGAAUUUGAACAGGACAAGCCCCUAAAAACACUACACUGAUUUUUAAAAAAGAGGGGGUUGGGGGGAGAGGGGGUUUAAAGGCAUAUGGGCCUGAAUGUGAUUUUGUUCAACAUGACUUAAAAACAAAACAAAUUAAAGCCAAGUUGUCUUGCUCUCAUGUUCAUAUGAAGUUUCAUUCCCCCAUUACAUUGGAACAUAUGAUGUUAAUAAUUAUAAAUUGUUACUUUUAGUCCAGAUCAUACUUUUAACAGUUUAGAGAACUGGUCAUGUGUGAUAUUGUACGGAGUUCCAGACACUACAGGCAGGUUUUGAGAACAAGCUUCAGAUGCAAACCUCAAAGACAUCUCAGACCUCGUCCGUGAAAGACGUCAAAUGUUAUUUUGCCAUUGUCUCUUUUCAACAGAGAUUUUUUUUAUUUUUAUUGAUUUUUUUCUUUGUACAGUUUAAGUGACUCUUUUUCACUUACAACAUGGCUUAAAGAAAUAUGAUUGGUCUAGUUACUGUGUGGAUGAUAGUGGCCAAGUUGUUUUUAUCAGUUAACCGUUCAUUUCUCUGCUCAGAGGACGGAUAUGAACUGUGAAUGUGUUUCGAGUCUUUAGAUAUCAUUUGAGAGAAGCCUCGUGUUUAAAAUUUACAAUACUGAAAUAAUGCAGGUGUUGGUCCCACUAUGGACUGUGUUGUUCCUAACUUUUAUUUUUCACCCAUUGUACUCAAACCUUUUAAUGGAAAAAGAGUGUGGAGUUUGUAACAUGUAACGACAGUCCCAAUAGUAUGCUUGUCCUCUCCCUGUCGAUCUUUAAAACGUACAAAAAGUACAUUCAUAAUAAUACCAUAGAAUUCCACAAAUCUAUGCAUUCAAAUUCCCAUUACUUUAGAAUAUUGGUGUCAUGUUUUGUGCAGGGAUAACUCCAGCCAGCAAACCACAAGUAUACAUGUCAGAAAACCUGGCGAGCAUGACAAAGACUGUACGGACCAUUGGGAGUUUUGCACAAGGAUACAGUGGGUUCAAGGGCUUGUUUCUCCCCUUGCAAACUGUGGAAUGGAGGUGUGGAAGGAAUUUGUGAAAAUGUCAACUGUUUAGCUAUUUAAGAUGUAUUUACUCUUUGAAAAAUGUGGCAGAUGUAUUGCAGGACAGGAAUAAAGAUGUCAAGAUGAAA